UUUUUUUUUGGGUAGCGGUGGCGGUUGGGUGCCUUUGCAAAAAUGAAGGAUGCGGGACGCAGCCCUGUCUCAGAAGCGAACGCAGUGGAGAAACUGAAGGUGCAAGAGAGAGGGAAGAAGGACGCUUUUCCUUGUGGGACUUGGAGCUUGCCACCAAUGUGUAGACGUGCACACAGGGCGCACUGAAAAAAAUGAAAUAAACCCGAGUCAGAUCCGCGGGGGUUGGUGUGUCCUGACAUAAAUAAAUCACAAUAAAACAGCUGCCCCCCUCCCCCCCUCAACAAAAAACAAAAAAGGAUAAUCGGAAAUGGAGAACCGAGGAUUCAAGAAGAAAAAGUGUGUUCUUUUUUGCCAAUAAAGGGGAAAGUAAGCCAAGGAGAUUGUUGUUUUUUUUAAAAAAAAAUGAAAAAUUUGAGGAUUAUUAUUAUUUUUAAACUGAACUAAAGACCUGCUGUGGUGGUAUUUUCUGUUUGAAUUUCCCACAAGACGAGAGGAAAUUAAUAAUACAUCUGGAAAGAAAUUUCGGAGAAGAAAAGUUGACCGCGGCAGCAAGCAGCAUUGAUUGGGGCAGAGGAACCAGCAGCGCUCUGUUGGAUUGUUCCUGUGUUGACUAAAAUUGACGGAUAAUUGCAGUUGGAUUUUUCUUCAUCAGUCCUUUUUUUCUCUUCUUUUCCCUUUUUCCUCUGUUUUGGUGUCAAGAUCAUGCGCUUUUCUCUCAUUCUUAGCCACCUGGAUUCUCAUCUGGACGUGCUCUGCUCAGUGGAAUACAACUCUUUGAACUCCAGAAGGACCGACACCAGAUAAAUUAUGAAUGUUGAACAAGAUGACCUUACAUCCACAGCAGAUAAUGAUAGGUCCUAGGUUUAACAGGGCCUUAUUUGACCCCCUGCUUGUGGUGCUGCUGGCUCUUCAACUGCUCGUGGUGGCUGGGCUGGUGCGGGCCCAAACCUGCCCUUCUGUCUGCUCCUGCAGCAACCAGUUCAGCAAGGUGAUCUGCGUUCGGAAAAACCUGCGUGAGGUUCCGGAUGGCAUCUCCACCAACACACGCCUGCUGAACCUCCACGAGAACCAAAUCCAGAUCAUCAAAGUGAACAGCUUCAAGCACCUGCGGCACCUGGAAAUCCUACAGUUGAGUAGGAAUCACAUUAGAACGAUUGAAAUCGGGGCCUUCAAUGGUCUGGCCAACCUCAACACUCUGGAACUCUUUGACAAUCGUCUUACCACCAUCCCAAAUGGAGCUUUUGUAUAUUUGUCUAAACUGAAGGAGCUCUGGUUGAGAAAUAACCCCAUUGAAAGCAUACCUUCCUACGCUUUUAACAGAAUUCCUUCUCUGCGCCGGCUAGACUUGGGGGAAUUGAAAAGGCUUUCCUACAUCUCAGAAGGUGCCUUUGAAGGUCUGUCCAAUUUGAGGUAUUUGAACCUUGCCAUGUGCAACCUCCGGGAAAUCCCUAACCUCACGCCACUUAUCAAACUGGAUGAGCUGGACCUUUCUGGGAAUCAUUUGUCUGCUAUCAGGCCUGGCUCUUUCCAGGGGUUGAUGCACCUUCAAAAACUGUGGAUGAUACAAUCCCAGAUCCAAGUGAUUGAACGGAAUGCCUUUGAUAACCUUCAGUCACUGGUGGAGAUCAACCUGGCACACAACAAUCUAACGUUACUGCCUCAUGACCUGUUCACCCCCCUGCAUCAUCUAGAGCGGAUACACUUACAUCACAACCCUUGGAACUGUAAUUGUGAUAUACUGUGGCUCAGCUGGUGGAUAAAAGACAUGGCUCCCUCGAACACAGCUUGCUGUGCCCGGUGUAACACACCCCCCAACCUGAAAGGGAGGUACAUCGGGGAGCUGGACCAGAAUUACUUCACAUGCUAUGCUCCUGUGAUUGUGGAGCCCCCCGCAGACCUCAAUGUCACUGAAGGCAUGGCAGCCGAGCUGAAGUGCCGGGCCUCCACCUCGCUGACCUCUGUGUCGUGGAUUACUCCAAAUGGAACAGUCAUGACCCAUGGGGCUUACAAAGUGCGGAUAGCUGUGCUCAGCGAUGGCACCUUAAACUUCACGAAUGUAACCGUGCAAGACACGGGCAUGUACACGUGUAUGGUGAGUAAUUCCGUUGGAAACACCACUGCUUCGGCCACCCUGAAUGUUACCGCAGCAGCCACCACUCCCUUCUCGUACUUUUCAACAGUCACAGUAGAGACUAUGGAACCUUCUCAGGAUGAGGCUCGGACCACAGACAACAACGUGGGCCCCACUCCAGUGAUCGACUGGGAGACCACCAAUGUGACCACGUCUCUCACACCACAGAGCACAAGGUCGACAGAGAAAACAUUCACCAUCCCCGUGACCGACCUCAACAGUGGGAUCCCAGGGAUCGAUGAGGUCAUGAAGACGACCAAAAUCAUCAUCGGCUGCUUCGUGGCCAUCACCUUGAUGGCUGCUGUGAUGCUGGUCAUUUUCUACAAGAUGAGGAAGCAGCAUCAUCGGCAAAACCAUCACGCCCCGACGCGGACUGUUGAAAUCAUUAAUGUGGACGAUGAGAUUACAGGGGACACUCCCAUGGAAAGCCACCUGCCCAUGCCUGCCCUUGAACAUGAGCACCUCAAUCAUUAUAACUCUUACAAAUCUCCCUUCAACCACACCACAACAGUGAACACGAUCAACUCAAUACACAGUUCAGUGCAUGAACCGUUGUUGAUUCGAAUGAACUCCAAGGACAAUGUCCAGGAGACUCAGAUCUGAACCCCUGACAGUUACAGAAAACAAACAAUCAAAAAAACAAAAACAAAACAAAAGACAGUUUAUUAAAAAUGACGCAAAUGACUGGGCUAAAACAACUGUUUCCAAAAAAAAAAGUGUCUUUACAAAAAAAAAACACAAAAAAGAAAAGAAAUUUAUUUAUUAAAAAUUCUAUUGUGACCUAAAGCAGACAAAA